CCUUCUUCAGGGGUACUACUUAACACUACGAAAUACUACGCACUGCAUACGAAUCAGAUUACGAAGCGUUGGAUUUUAGAUUGGUCCAAGAAUAUAUUUUCGACCACGUCAGACACCCAAUCCCCUUCUCGUGGCUGAGCCGGUGCCCAUACCUUGCACACACCCACGUCAUCGUCGUGUUACUUGCUUCUUCUCUCCCGCUCUCUUCUCACCUCUCCACUGGGGCCAAAUCCUAGAUCGCAUUCCAUAUCAGAUCUCGGCGACUUCAUACGUCGAUUGGAUAAUACCCAAGUGGAUGUGGUCCAUUCGGUUCACAACCUGACCCUCUUGUAUAAUGGCUCGCCCAUUCCAGAGCCCGUUUGACCCAAUGUAAGUACAUGCAGCGAUUGCAUUUCGGCGCCUUAGGAACUUGCUGAUCAGGCUUCUCUGCAUCUUCAGAAACUCUCCUGACACUGAUAGCCCUUUGUCACCCCAACCACGUGGCGGUACCCCUAUAUCUUUUAAAACGAAUGUGAAUCGCGCGAAGACAAAGCGUUGGGUGGAAGCAAAGAAGAUUUCUUACGAUGGCAAUGACUGGGGCGACGAUGAGUUUGACGAAUAUGAUGAAGAUCCAACACCUCCUGUAACGCAAGCACGAACUCCGAACCAAGGCACCGGCGAUCUCCCAAGUGCUGCGUCCAGAAACGUACCGAGGCCCUGGGUUCCGGGGAUGGGCAUGGAUCGAUCUCGAUCAAUGGACCAGGUUGUGACUCUAGGUACCGGCCCUGUGGCGGAUAGCCGUAGUCGGUCGGUCGAUCGUAACGCGGCAGAACAGGAUCACACAGUUCCAUUACGCCCUGCCCUCUACAACCGUCUACGCGAGCAGUCAGCGGAGCCAGGUCUAAGUCGGUCCUCCACGGAGCCAGUACCUAUGGCUAGCGCGGCAGAACAGGAAGCGAGUGGCAAACAACCCGAGGGCCAGAGUGUUCCUCUGAGAGCUCAGGAUGAUGUUCCUGUAAUAGGGCUCCCAGAUGUCAGGCGUCUCUCUGGAGCCGGUGCGACCAUGGAUGCCGAGAAAGUCCAGCCAGCUGAGCCACAGCGGCAAGAAUCUGAAUUACACCAUAACCCCUCCGUCGGAUUUCGGUCGGUGGUUCAUCAAGCCUUCGACAUUCCGGAGACCCCAAGCACGUCCAUAGAUAGCAUCGCACGGUCGGAUAGCAAUAGCACGUCUGUCAUCAGUCCAAUCAUUCCCCAUCGCGGCACGAACGAGCAGACACCAACGAUUACAGAAGAGCCGGAAAGCUCAUCUCCACCGAGGGGUUUCAGACCUGGUCAUCGCCGCGAUCUGAGUGUUCCCAGUCCCGGUAAUAGCCCUUUGAGGAGACCGAUAAUUACCAAUAAUGAUGCUAUCGCUCCAGAGUCUUUGGCAGAAAUGUCCUCGCCAAUUAACCUACCUCAAGACCCUUCAUCGCCACCGUAUCAACAAACUUGCGUACAACCAACUGACACAAGUGGGGAAGGACGACCCAUCAUUGUCCCCUCAUUAAGUACCGAAAACUCCCCGCAAGACACGGAGAACGACCGUUUAAGGAAAGAGAUCAUCCGUUCUUUGAGCCGGGAAAACACUCCCUCUGAGGAGCCCGACCCGUCUUCCCGUCCACAAACGAGUCGGCAAGAUAGUCUCAUUCCGAGCGAGUACGAACGAUACUGGAGCGAAGCAGGUAACGCCAGUCCCCAGGAGGAAUACAAACCCGCGCUCGGAUAUAAUUCCAUCCGGAAUGAGUCCCAGGACUUAUAUUCCAGCAGUCCACUUCAGGCACCCACUCCUACAGCAAACACGGCUCCUCAGCAGGAAAUACGGCCGAAGUUGAAGAAGCGUUUCUCAUGGGAGUCUGCCUCUUCAGAGGACGAACCUGCACCCAUGGUCGAUGUCCCACCUAUGCCAGGUGUCUAUUCCCCUCCAGUAGGGCCAAUACCUGGGCAAUUUCCUAUGGUCGAUGAAGGUAGUAUUCAGCCAGAUCCCAACCCCGUGGCUUCGCCAAUCCAAUUGCUCGAUGAGACUGAACGUGAUUCUGGACCUGAGAAGCCCAAAUUGACAAUCAUACCCCCGUCUACAACAGACGACAACAGUAUAAUUUCAGAUCGGCAUCUUCCAGAAGUUGUCAAUGCCCAAACCGUUGGAGACGCUUACUCCCCAGUCGUCACAGACCAGCACAGCGCAGCGCCUGCGCCUGCGCCAACACAAUCGCCAUCUAUCGAAUCAAGUUUGCUCGGUUUCCGUGAUAUUCUGGAAUUGAAGACCUCAGAUGAACGGGUGCAAGCUUUCAACAAGACCAGGGAUCAAUUCGUGACGAUCGAUACUGGCUUAAAUAAUUGGCUCCAAGUUACCAUCCAUGCCCACCCAGAGUAUGCGGAUGUUGUGCAGCAGAGCUUGAAGCAAACACCGGGUGAACCCAAACAUCCCGUUUCCCGGGGCAAGUUUCCUAAAUUCUCCUCCCUUGGAAACCUUGUGUCAUCCCAUCAGGAAGGCACUUCGUCCGGAUCGGGCCAUGUCAGACGUCCUUCGGCCCCUCUCGGGUCCAUGAUGAAUAAACAACAUGUGGAACAACGAGGAAAGGAUCUCCUGCAUACGGCUGGUGUCUUCGGCGGCAAAGCUGGCGAAGCCGCGAAGGGUCUGUUUGCGAAAGGCAGGAGUAAGUUCAAGGGUGGAGGGUCAGACAAGGUAGAGCCUUAAAUUUUUCUUAUUAUGGGCGCUGGGAGCGAGUGGUAACCUAACUCAAUUGUCCAUCGCUACGCCUGCGUGUUUUUUUUUUUUUUUUUU